AUGAAAAGAUUCUCGAUAUUCACGGAUCAAAUUAUAUCGGUGUUUAUAUUGGGAUUAAUUGUUGGCUUUAUGUUGCGCAAGAAAAAUCACAUGAUUGCACACAUGGUUAAAAAUAAAAUUAGAAAACUCGUUGGGUCGGUCAUAUGUUUUGCAAUCAGCCUGUCCAGUUUUGUUUGGAGUGAACAAUUCAAGGAUAUCAAUGUCGCGCCUAAUCAAAUUAAUCUACUGUACUGGCACAUCUAUUACAUUGAUUUGACGGUCGCUUUGAUUGUCUCGCAAGAUUUAUUAGACAAUUCACUAAACUUCGCUAAGUUUUAUACGAGUAUUGAAUCCAAUAUACGGCCCGUAAAACACAAACUGAAGGCAUCGGCGCUUCAAUUCAUGUAUUCAAUGGAUAUAACAUCUGAUUGUUUGGACUCAUUGUUCACAUGGUUUGAAGCCUUAAAGCGAAAUGAGUUGUGGGCCUAUCAAAUGGAUUACGCCAACGAGACAAGCUUAAGCCCGCGGGCUAGUAAAGAUGUACAGUACUUUACACAUGAUUGUACGAUAUGA